AUGGCUGGAGCUAUAGAAAACGCUCGUAAGGAAAUCAAGAGGAUCUCUUUGGAGGAUCAUGGGGAGUCAGAGUAUGGGCAGAUUUAUUCUGUUUCUGGGCCUGUGGUUGUUGCGGAGGAUAUGAUUGGGUGUGCUAUGUACGAGUUGGUGAAGGUUGGACAUGAUAAUUUGGUUGGAGAGGUUAUUAGGAUUGACGGGGACAAGGCGACGAUCCAGGUGUAUGAGGAGACAGCAGGAGUUACCAUUGGGGAUCCUGUUUUGAGGACUGGGAAGCCGCUUUCUGUGGAGUUGGGUCCUGGUUUAAUGGAGACGAUCUAUGAUGGGAUCCAGAGGCCGUUGAAGGCGAUUAGGGAUAUAUCUCAAUCGAUUUAUAUACCUCGAGGGAUUGAUACGCCUUCUUUGAGUAGAGAUGUCAAGUGGCAGUUUACGCCAGGCAAGCUUGGUGUUGGAGAUCAUAUCUCUGGUGGUGAUAUCUUCGGGUCUAUAUAUGAGAAUUCCUUGUUAGAGGAUCAUAAGAUUUUGUUGCCUCCUAGGGCUAGAGGUACCAUUACUUGGAUCGCACCUGCAGGAGAAUAUACUGUUGAUGAAAAUGUGUUGGAAGUUGAGUUUGACGGGGGGAAAUAUUCGUAUUCUAUGUACCAUACGUGGCCUGUUCGUGUUCAGAGGCCUGUUGCUGAGAAGUUGUCAGCAGAUCAUCCGUUAUUGACAGGACAGAGAGUCUUGGACUCGUUAUUUCCAUGUGUGCAAGGUGGUACUACGUGUAUUCCAGGUGCUUUUGGGUGCGGUAAGACUGUUAUUUCUCAGUCUUUGUCUAAAUACUCCAACUCAGAUGCCAUCAUAUAUGUCGGUUGUUUUGGCGAGGGAACCGAGGUGUUGAUGGCUGAUGGCUCUAUCAAAGCAAUUGAGAAUGUUAAGAUUGGCGAAUACGUUAUGGGUCAGCAUGGACAGUCUCAAGAGGUUAUGGCUCUACCAAGAGGUCGUGAGGUUAUGUACACUGUCAAAGACGUUUCCUCUAAACAUGCAUAUGUUUGUAAUGCUAGCCAUAAAUUGGUUGUUGAAACUCCAAGUUCUAUAAAAGUUAGCUCUCAAAGUGGCGGCAUUCUUUCUGUUAAAUAUUUCGGCAUGUGUUACGAGCAUACUGAAGAUGGUAGAGUAAUUGAACAGUGCAAACAGUUUACUAAAUCAUUUACUUGUAUCGAGGAAUUGCAGCAAUUUUGUUCGCAGCAACCAACAGAGAAUUUUAAAUGGACUGUUGAAGCUAGAGACGUUGAAAAUAUGGAUCCUGCUGUCCGUGAAGCCACCUUCCAGUUGGUCUGUCCAAUUCUAUAUGAAGGCCAUCAACUUGCGCAAUACCUGGCUACGCAAAAAAACGGUCUUCCUAGUGAAGCCGCUACUAUCUUGGCUUAUUUCUUGGGUCUGUGGUCUGGUAACCAAUCUAACGAGAUAGAAGUCACAGCUGAAGUAUUUUCACGUUUGCAAGGUGCUGUGGAGCUAUUGGGCUUGCAUGUAAAGAGACAACAAGGUGUUUCCAAAUCUAUAAGAUUGAGCUUGAAGAAUUCGAUAAUGGCAGAUGUUAUCGCCAAAUUCGGAUUCACCAACGCAGGAGAGAAAACUAUCCCAUCCUUUUUGCGAUCCGAAUCGAUCACCUCUAGGGAAUGCUUUUUAGCGGGAUUGGUUGAUGCUGCAGGUUCUGUCAACGAAGCAACUGGUGAUUUGGCAGCAGUCAUUAGUCUGCCACGGUCAUCUCUAGAAGGAGCCUCAAAAGUUGCAGGUUCCCUAGGUUUGGAGAUAAAGCUAGAGCCUGGAUUCCUUAAAAUUUGUGGAGGUUCUGCUCUACAAUCUGUUCUCAGUAUUUGUGGAACAGUUGCAGUUGAAAAACCAGAACAUGUUGUGCGUAAACCUAAACAUUUGAAGUUUAUCGUCGAGAAGAUGACAGAAGAUAACUACUUUGGUAUUACUCUACCAGAAGACUCUGAUCGUGUAUUUCUAUUGAACAAUCAGGUAUUGGUCCACAACUGUGGUGAGCGUGGUAAUGAAAUGGCUGAGGUCUUGAUGGAAUUCCCAGAGUUGUUUACUGAGGUGAAUGGUAGGAAGGAGCCAAUCAUGAAGCGUACGACCUUGGUAGCUAAUACAUCCAACAUGCCUGUCGCCGCCAGAGAAGCGUCUAUCUACACCGGUAUUACUUUAGCCGAAUACUUCAGAGACCAAGGCAAGCAUGUUUCCAUGAUUGCGGAUUCUUCUUCCAGAUGGGCCGAAGCCUUGAGAGAAAUUUCGGGACGUUUAGGUGAAAUGCCUGCAGACCAAGGUUUCCCUGCUUAUCUAGGUGCUAAGUUAGCCUCCUUCUAUGAAAGAGCAGGUAAAGCUGUGGCAUUGGGAUCCCCUAACCGUGUUGGAUCGGUUUCCAUUGUUGCAGCGGUGUCUCCAGCAGGUGGUGAUUUCUCCGAUCCAGUUACCACGGCUACAUUAGGUAUCACACAGGUUUUCUGGGGGUUGGAUAAGAAAUUGGCACAGAGAAAACAUUUCCCAUCCAUUAACACAUCUGUUUCAUAUUCCAAAUACACCAAUGCUUUGAACAAGUACUACGACGCGAACUAUCCAGAACUACCUGCAUUGAGGACUCGUAUUAGAGAGAUCUUGUCCAACGCAGAAGAGUUAGAGCAGGUGGUGCAAUUGGUGGGUAAAUCGGCAUUAUCUGAUAGUGAUAAAAUUGUUCUAGACGUUGCCAACUUAAUAAAAGAAGACUUCUUGCAGCAAAAUGGAUACUCCACCUACGAUGCUUUCUGUCCAAUCUGGAAGACCUACGAUAUGAUGAAAGCGUUCGUGUCUUACUAUGAAGAAGCUCAAAAAAGUGUCUCCAAUGGCGCUAACUGGGCAAAGUUGACUGAUAUUACUAGUGACGUUAAGCACGCUGUCUCCUCAUCCAAGUUUUUAGAGCCCAGCAGAGGUCAACAAGAAGUGCACGCAGAGUUUGAAAAGCUGUUUGCCACAAUCCAGGAACGCUUUGCUGAGUCCACCGAUUGA